GGAUUAGUUGGAAAAGCGGUGGUAAAAAGGCAACAGUACGGUGUUGUUCGGUGUAGCGCCCCUCUUUCCUGGCUGUAAUAAUAGUGCUUUCCCGCGAAAUGUACUGAGCGUUUCCGUGUGGCAGAGAGAGAGUGAGUGAGUGAAAGAGAGAGAGAGAGGAGAGCUCGCGAGCUCCCGGAACAACAUGGCUGCUGUUUACUCGGAGAAGCGAACCAGGCUACGUAUAAACGUUGCGAAUGUGUCGUCGGAAAAUGUAAAAGACUCGUCUCCGGAGAACAGCGCAGACUCAACGAGCGGUGAUAAAGACUCGGGUGAAGAAAACAGCGGGGUGGGAUGUGCUGUAAGAGCCGGCAGUCCCGCACCGGAGGCCCAGGAGCACGCAGAAGUUGCGGCAUUAAGCGCUGCAGUUCCUCCGAUCAGGAUAAAAGAAGAGCCGGUGGAGGAAGGUGAAUAUCUGACCGUGCACGUGGACGAUGUCGGGGAGGAAGACUGGGAGCAGACCGGCAGAGGAGCACAUUUCUCGGGCAGAGAUGAACGCGCUGAUGGGGAUUGGCCAUUUUGCCGGGAGGAAAAGAGCGCUGUCUUUGGGAACAAGGAGGCGUACACGGAGCAUCGGCGGGAGCACACCCAUGACGGCCCCAUAGUCUGUCUGGACACUGACUCGCAGUGGGACAAUCUGCUCGUCUCCACUGACGGAGGUCGUCGAACCUUGUGCUGUGCACUGUGCGGUUGCAAAUUUUCAAACUCGAGAGAGUUUUUUACUCACCAGCUGAAACACCGUAAAGACAUCAUUAAACAGGAAUCAAUUUUGGAGACUGGUGAGGGUUUAUCAAAACAGAAAAUGUUUGAGUGCAACGACUGUGGUAAGACAUACUCAUCAAUUGGCCAAUGCCUUAAUCAUCAGCGUUCACACAAGCAGGCCUCAAAAUCGGUUUUCCACCAGUUGGCCCAUUUGAAGAAAAAGUCCUUCCAGUGCCCCACCUGUGGCCGCUCUUACUCUCGAGCGUCAGCUCUUGAUGCACAUCGCCGUUGCCAUGAGGAGAAACUGUUUAAGGCAAAAAAUAGUGAAGGGGAGAAAUACCUCCCCGAGGAAGUUACAGUUAAAACAGAAGACGCCGCUGACAUGAGUUCUGAACAGCUAGAUGAGUCUCCGAAAAAACUUUUUGAGUGCUUGGACUGCGGGAAAUCUUUUCGCACUAUGUGCGGUCUUGGGACACACCAGAGGUUCUCUGUCAACUGUUCAAACACUACAGAUAAGGUGCGCGUCAAGCGAUCGUUUGACUGCACAGAAUGUGGGAAGACUUUUCACCGUCCUAUGGCGAUGGCAUGUCACCAGCGCUGGCAUAAGAGACGAGAGCAGCUUAACGGUAACGACCAACCAUUCCAGUGCAAGGAAUGUGGCAAGGUUUUUACCUCCUUAACGUUCUUCAAUAAACACCAGCGAUUGGUUCACAGUAAAGAAAUGCCAGCCAAGAGUUUCCUUCAUCAAGUCUAUCAGCUCCAGAAGAAAGCUUUUGAAUGCCAGGAAUGCGGUCGGCGAUUUUCUCGUGCUUCUGCACUGCAUUCGCAUCAGCUUUGUCACACCGAUGUUUUUGGUGACAUUAUGGAGGGAAGUUCUCAAAAGUCCCCUACGGAACAAACAGUUUUGUCGUACCAGAACAACCAGGACAAGGCUGCUUGUUUCACUGAAGCUUCAGUGUAUUCAAAAAACAUCAUGCAAACCAUUGUUGGAAGAUUUAGCACAAAAGGGUAUAAAGCAGACACCGAUUUUAAACCUGUCAUUAUAGAAGCCUCUGGCAGUCAAAGACGUGACCACGGCUCCCAGCAAAACCCUGAUCUCGAGUUGGUGUGUGAAUCAGAUCAAGAAGAAAAAGACUUUAACUUGAAUCCAUGCAAAGAAUCUGAAUUGUCUUCUCAGAAAUCAGGCCCAGAGAUGGACGUAAAUAUUGUACAGAUAGACAGUGUGAAUUUCAAUGAGGGAUUUGAAAACACAGAAAUGGACCAAAGUCCAUCACAAGAGGCUAAGAAGUACGAAUGCUCGGAGUGUAACCGGACGUUUGACAAGGCCGUUUCCUUGCGCUGUCACAUGUUAUGGCACAGAGGUGGAAUGGGGAAAAAGUCACGUUACCGCCGAAAAAUGCUCAUAGCAAAUCCCAUCAGGAAAGCUUCGAUUAAAUGUGAGAUUUGUGGCCAUGAAAGUUUCACCAAGACUUCUCACUAUGUUCAUCUGGGAAAACACGAAGACAGAACACCCUACAAGUCCAUAAUGUAUCAGCUUGCGAAUCUGCAGAAAAACAGCUUCAAAUGUGACGUAUGUGGAAUGCAUUUUUCUCGCCUCUCUGCUCUGCAGUCUCACCAGCAGCAUCACAACAAAAGGAAGAAACCAUAUGAAUGCUUACAGUGUGACAAAAGCUAUUCAAACCUCAGUACUCUUCACAACCACCAGAAAGUUUGCACCGGUAAGGAACCCGAUAACACCGUUUCUCCCGGUGACAAAGACAGAAUGGCAGAGCAGUUUAAUCCAAGUAAGACACUACUGGGGCCCAAAGUUCAUCAUUGUAAAAAAUGUGGAAAAGGAUUCUGGUCUAUGGGAGCCUUCUUUCAUCAUAAACAGUAUCAUCCACAAUGUGGCGAUGUUAACACUAGCAGCUCGGAAGCCAGCCUUAAAUCUGAAAACGGACACGUAAGACGCAAGAAACGGGGUCGUAAGAGAAUCAUGAUGAGCAGUCACGAUCAUAAACCUCGUGUAAUGCCUGAUCGCAUCAAAUCAAAAUUGUAUAAAUGUGAAGUUUGCGAUAAAUCGUAUCGUGUUAUAGGCUGUUUUCUUAAACAUAAGCUGAUCCACCAAAGCCAAGCUCCAGUAAAGUCAUUUGACUAUCAGGUUAAACAGUUGCAAAAGAACAUGUAUAGCUGUCCUGACUGCGGGAAACAGUUUUCCCGUGCCAUGGCACUUCAGUUCCACAUGAAAAGCCACGGCUAUGAAACGGGCCUUCCAGUGGAAAAAAUGAAUCUGCCCAACCAGCCUGAUGGACCUCAGUGCCCCACCUGCCUUGCUGUUUUCAAUUGUGAGUCGUCAUUAGAAAUUCAUCGAAAACACUGCUUAAAAGCAAAGGGCGAACGUGAAGAAAAGUGUCAAGGAGUGGAACUGGACAAACUCGGCUCGCCCAAAGAGAAUAAAAACGUUCAAAGACAGACGAGUGAAGACGUGUCUGAAAAAGUACUCAAAAUACCGCCCUUUACGUCUGUCAUGAAAUAUGCAUGUGAUGACUGUGACCGAAGCUUUUCCGUUGUAGGUGCGCUUAAUUUUCAUAAAAGGAUUCACCGUAAAUCCUCCAGUUCCACAGAGUCUCAGUCUGAACGUUUGAAUGUUCCCCCCAGCAAACCUGUAGAAUCAACAGCUAGGGCUCCGUUUUACUGUACAGAAUGUGGGAGGAAAUUUUCUACAAAUUCUGCUCUCGGUACACACCGGAGAUGGCAUAAAGACAAGAAAUUGGCCAGGUUUAUAUUAAAGAGUAGUAAAAUGUCAAGAAAGAAUAUUGAGAAUGGUCCUUUCUUAUGUAACCUGUGUGGGAAGGGAUUCUUCUAUCUAUGCGUUCUCCGUCGGCAUCAGAAAUAUCACCCACCGAUAGUGGCCCAGUCUGACCCCAAACAAAAUCUUAAAAUCACUGAAACACUCAGCAGUACUUCUCCAAAGAGCAGGUUAGAAUGCCCAGACUGUGAUGCAUCUUUCAUUAGCGGGUCUCUCUUAGCAGCCCACUUUGCCUCCCAACAUGCCAAGCCACCUGACACUGAAACUAAGCAACAGGAGCGUGAGCCCCACCUUAAUCUACAAGUGUCAGAUCAACCUAUUGUACCAAUCACAAGUCCACCCACAGCUGUAACCUUGGCGGGCAGAGGAGACAAACCGAAAAUAAAAUACUACUGCCUCCAGUGUAACAAGAAAUUUGUAAACGCUAGAGGUCUUCGAGCACACAAAUGGCAAAAACACAGGAGGACCAGAGGACGACCACCAGCAAACAUGAAUGAAGACGUUAAACCCUUUCCUUGCUCGCAUUGUGAGAAGAGCUAUGGAUCACAAGGAGCUCUACAGAACCAUCAGCGUUCCUGCAAUGCAAAUAACGAAAGUCUAAAACAGUCAUACAAACCAGACGUAGCAGCAGAAGAGCAGCCGUUACAGCACAGGCCUUUAGAGUCGGGUACAAAGUGCCUCUACAAAUGUCAUAAAUGCGGUAAAGCUUUUCCCAGUGAGAAACAAUUAGAUGCCCAUAAAGAGGCAGCAAGGACGCGCCCUUACUGCUGUGCGCUGUGCUGUCGUGGCUAUUGGACUGAAUCUCAGCUACAGCAGCAUCUCAUUUGGCACGAUGAAGUACGCCGCCGUCUUCCGACCGAACUGCGUUACAGGCUUAACAGCUCUGUGGUGUCGGGAUCUUCAGCUAAACUUCAGUUCCCAAGCACAAACCGCAUCACCCCAGCAAAACUACCCGCACCUGCUAAUAAUUUGAAGGUGACAAAUUAUAGAUGUCACCAAUGCAGCAAAAUGUUUCUUUCCCCGUAUGCACUCAAGGAGCACCAGAGUCUCCACAAGAGUGAAGAGCCGUAUCGUUGCUCUCUUUGUCCAAAGACGUUUUCUGAGAUCAAAGAUCUCAUUGAUCAUCACCAGGAGUGUUUGGGUGAUGAAGAAUUGAAACCCACACCUUUACCAGCUUCUUCUCAAGAUACAGAGAGUCUGACAUGCAUCGAGUGUGGGAUUUCUUUCAGUCAAGAAACAGAUUUGCACCAGCAUUACAUUGAUCAUGCACGCGGGGAGUUCUGAAAGUUUCGGGUUCUUUAGCACGAGGUAGUCAGAUUUUCUUUUGCUCUGCUUCAAAAUAUUUAACUACUGUAGUUCUAGUGUGUGCAAAUGAAUUGGCUCCAUUAGACUAAUUAUUAUUAUUAUUAUUAUUAUUAUUAUUAUUAUUAUUAUAGCCUGUAUUUGCUGCACUUAAAACAAUAGUUGUCUCACUGCUGAAUUUUUACAGAUGCUCAGAUUUCAGAAGUGAAGAAUAUUAGUUGUAAUCUAACAUUUUCAAGCGUGGUGAUCAUUUAAUGUUAAAUGUAAAAGAAAUAGAAGCUUGUUCUACAGAUGAAGACUUGUAAAUUUUCAAAUGCUGUUGCUUACAUUAGUUAUUCAGCAAUUGUGAUAAUAAAUAAAAAGUAGAGAUACUAUACAUCCAAAGUCUAGUCUAUGAUAAUUUUUUUUUUAAAGUUUGUGGCAUUUUAAUGUAAAUUAAGGUGUUGCAGUGCGAUGCUUGGAAUUAACAUGGAACGUGCCCCCCUUUAUUUAGCUAUGGAUGUGUAUGAGAGGGAACCCAAAUGUUUCUCCAGUCCGGUGAGUUCGUCUCCUUAGUGUUGGUGUAUCUUGUGGAUGCAUGUAGGGUUUUUUUUAAAUCAUUUUUUUGUAGAUGUGAAUUUGUCUGUUUUUGUUAAAGAGCAAAGGAUUUGUGUGAAUCCUUGAUUGAUUGAUUGAUGGAUUGAUUUUUUUUUUUUGCUCAGUAAAACUUCUGCCGAAGCAUGGAGUAGAACAAGCUUUUCAAGGCCUCCAAACAGCAAGUCAAGAAAAGCAUGCCUGAAGGACAUCAAAUAGUAGACACAAAUGAUGGUUUUUUAAACAUCAACUGAUUUGUUAAUAGAGAGUUUGGGUGUAAAGCUUCAGGAAAAAUGUAGUUCACCUGCAUGCACACAUGCUUUGUACUCCUUCAAAGAAGGUAAAUCUGGUGAAUACAGUGGAUGUGAAUCAUUUCAAGAAACAGUCACACAUCAAGAUAGUGAUGCACGUCAAGACAAUCUUGAUUUUUUAUUUUUCAAAUAUUAACGGACAUGGAAAACAGGAGAAAAACAUUCCUUGGUUGACAAGCAUGUGUAGGUUCAUUGUCCAGUGCAAGAUGCGCCACUUUUCCAGAUGUUUUUCCUGAUGCUGAUGCUUGAUAUAUGUAAUAUAAAGUGAAUGCUCUAGCAAAGUUUUAUCAAGCAAAAAAAACAUGUGCCAUGGGGACUGAAGAAGAAAAAAAAUUCACAUACACAUCCUUAAGCAAAUUACAAAAAAUACCCCAUCCAUCAAUCCACAAGGUAUGACGUCACUCAGGAGACUGUAAAUAUAUAUAUAUAUAUAUAUAUAUACACACACACACACACACACACACACACACACACACACACACACACACGCCUUCUAGAAGCAAAACCUGCAACUAUGAAUGCAUUCAAAUCCCAGAAAUGUUUGGGUCCCCCAUUGUAUCUAACCACAUUUUUGACCACCUGCAUGCGCUGGUGGUCUUCUUUACUGUAUAUAUUUAAUUUGUUUCACCAGCUUUUAUGUUUUGAUGUUCCUCCUCGAGAUUAAUCAGGAUUAACCAAACUUAAAUUAUGAAAAAUUAUGAAAAUUCAUUUUGAUGUGGCUUGUUUGAAUUAAAUCAACUUAAAUGCUCAGUGAAUAUUUAUUUCGUCAGUGGAUUUCUUCAUGAUGUUUUGACCCCUUUUAUAUGUAAUGGGAAAUUUGGCAGGCUUUAAGGUUAGACCUAUCCAUGGGACUGCUCGUGGGAAUUCACCAGCUGAACCAUGUCUUUGGAGCAACCUUUUUUUUUAUCCCCUUUAAUUUAGUGUAGCUUUUUUCUUCAGCUGUUGUAAAUAAUUUGCAUUUGUGCUGUGCAUAGUAGCACAUGCUGCCAGUGUUCCUCCUCACGGGUAGUUAAUUUCCCAUAGCAAUGCUUUUUGUUUCAUGACUCUGUGAUAAAAAUGACAGUACAUACCCAAGUCAUAUGUUUACUGUGUUUACUGAUUAUGCCUUAAAGCUUGAACUUUAGUUGUUUCAAAAAAUGCUUUUAAAUUAUUCAUUGCAUAGUCAUUUUUAUACACUGGAUUCUGUGAAUAAGCAUUAAAAUGAAUGUAGAUACGACUGCAAUUCACAUAUAGUAUCUUUUCAUAGAGUGAUUACCUGUAUGUACGUGGACCUAAUUUUUCUCCCCCACCCCUUUCACAAUGUUGAAUGAAAUUAGAACAGACAUCUCUUACAGAGACACACAUGAUGUGCGAGUUGUCUUUGUUGGAAAGGAAUUCUACUGUAAUUAUGUGUAGUGUAUUUAAAACCAUGAAAUGAUUCUAUGAAAAUGACUGAAUAAAUCUGUGAAUAUGCUA